UGCUGGAACGCGAAGGAUGACCGACGGCAAGUGCGCGGACGCGCCAGCGACGAGCGCCAGCAACAACGUUGCGCUCGUGGUUCAGAGCAUCCAAGGACAUUAUUCGAUCUGGACGCGAAUCCUUAGUGCCGUAUGGAACUUUAUUCUGGACAUUGUGCUCGGCACGACUGCAUUGCAGCGCAUUUGCUCCCAAGAAACAAAAGACACCCGCGGGAUGAUGGUCAAAGUUCGAACGAACGUGGCGCUGGACAGUUCCCUCAAGGAAGCGCAACAGGACAUCUUUGAUUUUAAACCGUUCGACGUGAAUGAAACCUUGCUCCGGGUCGGCGAAAUCAAGAAAUACGCCAUCUCGAAAAUAUGCGAAUCGAACCUCCGCACGUGCUUCAUUCGAUUUCGACAAGUGAAUGAAGUGUACUCUCAAGCGUUGGCGCUGAAGGACGAAGCGUACGAUUCGAAGAACGACGAGCAUGAGGCCUUGUUGGAACAACUCUGGUCCAAUUUGAAGCCGGACGUCCGCCGCACGGGUGGCCGCUACACAAAGGAGUGGGGUGAAAUCGGGUUCCAGGGACAGGAUCCUAUGACCGACUUCAGAAGCAUGGGGUUACUCGCGUUGAAGCAGCUGGUGUACUACACGGAGCAUUACCCUGUGGAAGCGCGACGGUACCAUCGCAUGGGCCUGCCAUGGUGAGACACACACUUCUCUUGUUUCGUAGUGCGCUCGUGCAUGCGAGCCACCCGACGCAGUGGUAUCCCUUUGCUGUCACGGGCAUCAAUAUCACGAGGUAAUGCUGACACGUACCAAAGUCUUUCGAUGCUUCCUUCCGUCUUUGCAGUUUUGUUGUGGAUGUCAUGCGCGAACGUCUGGUCGACUCGCGACUCUACGACAAGCAGUGCGAUUUAACGCAGCUCCACGAGUUCUACUGCAUGGUCUUCUCCAUGUUUGAUGCUCUGUGGGUGGAAUCCAACCCGACGGACCUCAUGGCGUUCCCUGCCGUGUUCAAGAUGCUGCAAGAAACCAUCCGCCUUGAACUCACCGAGCGCUCGUUCCCGUGAACGACCGCCUUGGUGUGGUGGUCGCCAACGCUGCAAUUCCGACAAAGAAUGAGCCUUCGUCUGUUCGAAAGCGUUGAAUUCAUAUCAUGUCGACGACAAGGGGUAACAAAUCGGUCCCUACACCACAACACAGCCUCGGUUGCAUUUCAGAUAUCUUACGCUUCAUCAUCACUGCUGACCAAAUCUAUGCACAUCGUUGGGGGUGGCA